AUCUCACUCCCAAGAUAACAGGGCCACCUCGGCCCUCCUCCUGUGGCUAUUCUGAGCUGCUGUCUGAUCCCCCUUUUUUGCCCCAGCCCUGCUUCAGCCCUUCUUCUGGGAGUAGCAGGGUGGGGAGAAGCCAGCCCAAUUACAUAACCCCAUGCCAGGGACCCCUGGAGAGGCUGAAGAGCAGGUGCUCAGCCCCUCUCUCAGCACCAACAGUGAAAAUCUGCCGCUGGAGCCCAGCCUUGGGUGGCCCAGCAUGGAGGCAGUCACGGCACCGGAGGUGGCCUCAGGACCCACGCUGAAGGUGAAAGAAGCCAGCCCAGCAGAUGCGAAAGAACCCCAGACUUCACCUCGACAGGGGGCCAGCAGCCCUAUUCCUCAGCUCCUGGCCCCUCUAGAAGAGCAACCUAAGAUCUGGUUACCUCGGGCGCUGAGGCAGACCUACAUCCGAAAGGUUGGAGACACUGUGAACCUACGAAUUCCGUUCCAGGGCAAACCCAAACCUCGAGCCACCUGGACACAUAAUAGCUGUGCCUUGGAUGCCAGUCGUGUGAGUGUGCGGAAUGGGGAACAGGACUCCAUCCUCUUCAUCCGAGAAGCCCAACGUGCUGACUCGGGUCGCUACCAGCUCAGUGUGCAGCUGGGCGGGCUAGAGGCCACUGCCACCAUUGACAUCUUGGUGAUCGAGAGGCCAGGCCCUCCGCAGAGUAUCAAGUUGGUGGACGUUUGGGACUCCAACGCUACCCUGGAGUGGACACCUCCCCAAGACACAGGCAACGCGGCACUCCUGGGAUACACGGUGCAGAAGGCUGACACAAAAUCUGGGGUGUUUCAUUCAUGGCAUCUUCUUGGGACCCCAAAGCUGUGGUUCACAGUGCUGGAGCGUUAUCACCGCACCAGCUUCACAGUCUCCAACCUCAUCAUCGGCAAUUCCUAUGCAUUUCGAGUCUUUGCUGAGAACCAGUGUGGGCUCAGUGAGACGGCCCCCAUCACUGCCGACCUUGCCCACAUCCAAAAAGCAGUUACUGUUUACAAGACUAAGGGGUUUGCCCAGCGAGAUUUCUCUGAGGCUCCAAAGUUCACCCAACCUCUGGUGAACUGCACUACAGUCACCGGCUACGACGCCCAGCUCUUCUGCUGUGUCCGUGCCUCUCCCAAGCCAAAGAUUGUCUGGCUGAAGAACAACAUGGAUAUCCAAGGCAACCCCAAGUACAGAGCCCUCACUCAUUUGGGAAUCUGCUCACUGGAGAUCCGCAAGCCUGGUCCUUUCGAUGGGGGCAUCUACACCUGCAAGGCGGUUAACCCCCUGGGGGAGGCGUCCGUGGACUGUCGGGUGGAUGUGACGACUCCUCUGUGAGGCUCCCGAAGAGGACAUGGACAACCCUUGAGGACGUAUCAUAAGCAUGGUGAAAAACAGAUCCAGUGCCUGUUGUGUUUUUUUUUUACUUUGAAGUUUAUGGAUUCCUUCUCCUGCAAGAGGAUAACUGAAAAUGUGGGUAUGUGGUUCCAAGCAGCACAUUAUAAGCAAAUGGCAACUCAGAUCAUUGUUUAGAAUUGGAUAGCGCCUUCAGAUUCUAAAUCAUUCACAGUAGAAAUGUUGUGUACAAACUGAUGAGUGAGAUGAAAGAGAAGCUCAUGAGAGACUUAAAGAAAAUGGGUUCCCAAUGUCUCCUCCUACUUGCAGCUCCUGGCUGAUAAAAAUUGAGAAUGAAUUCAAUCCCAGGAGCUUAUCACUGAUAAAUAGCAAAUGAAAACCCUAAGGGAUGCAUUAAAGUACAAACUUCUCAGAAGAACUCUCUGCCAAUUGGCUUGCAAAGACAGUUCUCCUGCCAUCCAUCCCUCAGUUCCCUCUCUGCAUCAGUAUUGUGCUGGGUUAGUGUUAGUCUUCCUAGUGUUAGUUGUCCUUUCACCUCUCUCCCAGCCAGUGCCCAGCAGUGAGGCAGGGUAAGCAGAGAACUCAUGCCACCCUGUCUGUGCUCUGGCUGCUGGCUGUAUGGUCGUAACAAACGCUCUCUUUUCUGUGC